CUUCCUGUUUGGUUCUGCUCGGUGGCGGGAGAUUCCAGGAUGGCGGUGCAGCCGAAACAGAACCUGUCCAUGGACAGCGCAGCCGAGCACGGCUUUCUUAACUUCAUUUUCUCCAUGCCGGAGAAGCCGGACACCACAUUCCGGAUAUUUGACCGUAACGAAUAUUAUACGGUUCACGGGAAGGACGCCAUAUUCGCGGCGAAGGAGGUUUUCAAAACGAACGGGGUCAUCAAGUUUUUGGGUUCAGGGAGUCGCAAACUGGAGAGUGUGGUCCUGAGCAAGCUGAACUUUGAGGCCUUUGCGAAAGAUUUGCUGUUGGUGAGGCAGUACAGAGUGGAGGUGUACAGGAACCACAGCAAGAGCAGCAAGGAGCAUGACUGGAAGAUUGAGUACAAGGCCUCUCCAGGAAACUUGACUCAGCUUGAGGAGAUCCUUUUUGGUGGGGAAAGCGGCUUAGAGGGCUGUGCAGGUGUCGUAGCUGUGCGGCUUGCAACCGGAGCUGAUGGACAGCGUGUUGUUGGGGUCGGGUAUGUGGAUGCAGCCCAGAGGACGAUGGGAGUGUGCGAGUUUCCAGACAAUGAGAUAUUCUCCAACUUGGAAUCCCUGCUUGUCCAAAUCAGUCCCAAAGAGUGUCUCCUGGCCCAGGGGGAAGCUAACGCUGAUGGGAGUAAACUGCGUGAGGUGGUGCAGCGUGGCGGCAUGCUAGUCUCUCAUAGGAAGAGAGCUGAGUUCAACAGCAAGGACAUGGUCCAGGAUCUCAACCGGCUGCUGAGAGCAAAGAGAGGGGAGACCGUGGCGAGCAACACCCUACCUGAGCUGGACAAGCAGGUGGCAAUGUCAUGUUUGGCUGCAGUGGUGCGUUUCCUUGAACUGCUCUCUGAUGAGUCCAACUUCAACUCCUUCAACCUGACCACUCUGGACCUGGGUCAGUACAUGAGGCUGGACAACGCUGCCGUCAGGGCUCUUAAUCUCUUCCAGGGUUCACCUGACGACACCACCGGAGCUCACUCGUUGGCCGGUUUGUUGAAUAAGUGCCGUACGCCGCAGGGUCAGCGGUUGGUCAACCAGUGGAUCAAACAGCCCCUCAUGGACAAAACUAAAAUAGAGGAGAGGCUUGACCUGGUGGAAAGCUUUGUGUGCGACUCUGUGCUGAGGCAGACCUGUCAGGACGAUUUGCUGAGGCGGUUUCCCGAUCUUCAUCGACUGGCCAAGAAGUUUCACCGUCACACGGCAACGCUGCAGGAUUGUUAUCGUGUCUACCAGGCUGUGAGCCAAAUACCGACUCUUAUCACUGCUCUGGAGAAAUACUCGGGUCUGGAGGCGGGUAAAACAGUGAAGCUGGAGUCAAACGCCGUGCUGGGAUUUUACCUGAGAGUCACAUGCAAGGAGGAAAAGAGUCUGAGGAACAACAAGAAAUUUACCACGCUGGAUGUGCAGAAGAACGGUGUGCGCUUUACCAACAGUAAGCUGAGCUCUCUGAACGAGGAGUACACCAAAAGCAGGGAGGAGUAUGAGGAAGCCCAGAACGCCAUCGUCAAAGAGAUCAUCAACAUUGCCUCAGGUUACGUGGAUCCCCUCCAGACGCUCAGCGACGUGAUAGCGCAGCUGGACGCCCUGACGAGUUUUGCCGUGACAUCGGUGUCUGCUCCUGUGCCGUUCGUUCGGCCUCAAUUCCGGCUCUUUGACCAUGGCUGCAGGCGCGUGGACCUGCUGCAGGCCAGACAUCCCUGCAUGGAGAUGGAUGCAGACACUGCAUUCAUACCUAAUGACAUCAGCUUUGUCCAGGGAGACAAGAGCUUCUAUAUCAUAACAGGACCAAAUAUGGGUGGCAAGUCCACCUUUAUCCGGCAGGUGGGUGUGAUCGCAUUGAUGGCUCAGAUUGGUUGCUUUGUGCCAUGCGAGAAGGCGGAACUUAGCGUGAUUGACAGCAUCCUGGCAAGGGUGGGUGCAGGAGACAGCCAGGUGAAAGGAGUUUCCACCUUUAUGUCCGAGAUGCUAGAGACAGCCGCCAUUCUGCGUUCGGCCACAGAGAAGUCGCUCAUCAUAAUCGACGAGCUCGGCAGAGGCACGUCCACCUACGACGGCUUCGGUCUGGCCUGGGCCAUCAGCGAGCACAUCGCCUCCAAAAUCGGCUGCUUCUGCCUGUUCGCCACCCACUUCCACGAGCUGACGGCGCUGGCAGCUCAGCAGCCCAUCGUCCACAACCUGCACGUCACAGCCCUGACGUCGCACAACACGCUCACAAUGCUGUACAGAGUCAAGCCAGGCGUGUGUGACCAGAGUUUUGGAAUCCACGUGGCCGAGUUGGCUUGCUUCCCGCCGUCAGUGCUGGCCGCUGCGAAGGAGAAGGCGGAGGAGCUGGAGGAAUUCCAAGAACCUGCAGGAGAUGAGUUGGAACAGGAGGAGGAGCCCAAGGCUAAGAGGCGAAAGACAGACAAGGAGGUGGGGGAAAACCUGAUCCACUACUUUCUGCAGAAGGUGAAGUCACUUCCACUUGCCACCAUGACUGAGGAGGAAGUGAAGGCAAAGCUCAGGAAAAUGAAGCAGAAGCUGGUUGCCCAAAAUAACACGUACAUCAGCGGGGUCCUCGCACGCUGCGUUCCUGUUAAAACUGCUUGAUUUUUAAACCCCUACCCGCUGUCUGCUCUGCAAAGUUAAAGUUCAUCACUGUAGCAAAGAACACUAGAGUGCUUAUACUGUAGUUUUCCAAUAAAGGAUUUAUUGCCAAUCUGCA